AAAAAAACACAGGAAUUUUAACAUCCUUUCAGAUCUCAUUUUUGAAUUUCUCUGAUUUGCGAUCCUCUGUUUAAUAAGCCGGAGUAUCAAAUUUCAAGUACCCACGGCCCACCGAUAAUGAAAGUUCGGAAGCCAAAGCAGCCAUCCCCAAUGGCCUGAUCAAUAAACCCCUGGAUAUACCCACAUUUCACCGGAACCCCGUCGAACCCACCACCGCCUCUCUCGCAAUUCACCUCCCUCCGGAGGCGCAAACCAGUUCAUCACCCGCCCCAUCUUCUGGGAAGGAAACCGCCACCGGCGCGUGCCGCGGAUGGACCUGAACAUCGACCUGGACGCCGUCGCAAGGCGCCUCAGCUUCAGCGCCGCCUCCCUCUCCCCCUCCCCGCGGCCGACUCGGCAUGGAAGGUUCCUUGUGACGCCGGCUCUCUCGCCGAUAGCGGAGGACCCAAGGGAGCAGCAGGCGGCGGCCACGCAGACGCCAGCUCCGCCCCCGCCAUGGGCUUCGUCGUCUCCGUGGUUCCCGCCGUCGUCUCCUGCGCCUCACACGAUGACGCCCCAGACGCCCGUGACGUCCUGCCCGCCCGUCGCGCCGUCGCAGGUUGUUCCUGCGUCUCCCAGUCCGCCCUCGGUAACGUCGCCUCGGCGCCAGCAGUCGCUUGCGGAGGCAUUAGAGGAAUUGGAGCGAGCGCGCCGAGCGGGGUUGGAGCAGGCGCUGGUGGCAGAGUAUCAGCUGAAGGCGCUUGCGGCGGCGUUCGUGGAACGUGGGGAGCAGGCACGUCAAGCGGCGCUGCAGCAGGCGUGGGCGGCACUGCAGCCGCAGCCGAGGCUGUAUCUGUACACGGUGGAAGGGAAUCCCGCGGGCUACAAGACGAAGUGGGAGGAGCUCCAUCCGGUGUCGCAGGAGUUUCUUCUACAGAUCGAGGAGAAGAUAGGGGAGAAUAGGCAUGCCAGUGAGCAGUUAGAUCAGUGCAGCCGCCUCUACGACCGGUCACUAUCCUACAGGGGCUUUGAACUCGAUUCUAGUCAGAUUGCCCAGGAUAUUGGGUCAAUCUCCACCAUCUUCGAGAGGGAGAAGGCUUCCAUUCAGAGCUUAAAUGCUGUUGUCGAAGAAAUGAUGCGUUACACAGAAUUCGCUAUAUCUUUAUUUGUAAAGUUGAGGCCAGGGUUCGUCAAGAGAGGUGCUGGAAUUGCAAAUGCUGGUUUUGCAAAUCGUGCCGGAUCUUCAGGUGCUCCUGCUGAGAACAACCAACCCUUGACCUUGGCACAAACCACUCAUUCAUAUUGUGGUUUUGUGAGGCGGCCUUCUUUCUUUAUGCAACACACUGUUGACAGGUUUGAGGAGAAGGUUGAAGAGUGUUGCAAAUGUAUUGAAGAGCUAGAGCAGUUUAUUGAAAUGAAGAAUGAUAAAUCCUAUGCAGCUUCUUUGGAAUCUCUUCCGAAAGUUAUGUCUAAUACGCAUGACUAUUUUAUCCAUGUUGCAUCCAAGGUGGAAAGUCUUCAUCAGUAUGCUGAAACAAUGAGAACUCGGUCUCUGAACAGUCAGCGUAACAGGGGUAGCUGCAAUGAUCCUUUUCUGGAGGCAAAUAGAAAAGAUGCACCUAAACAAGAAUCCGGAGCUAGAAUAGUUCAUCCAAAGUGCCCAUGGCUGCAACCCAAAACAGGCUCCAGAUGAAUCAGUUUCAAAUCAGUCAUUUGUCUUGUACGUCCUUUUGACUCCAUCCCUCUUCCCUCCUUUUCCUUUUAAGGAAGCUUAUGAUUAACUUGUUUACUGAGCAACUAUAAUGAACUUGUCUGACACUAUAUUUUUCUUCAGAUGUAAAAGUAUAUGGUACCGUGACCUAUAAGACUCACAUGACAAAUCAAUGGCUAAGAACACUUCAGUUUUCUCCCUUUUUAAGGCAAAUUGCUUCAGUAGUUUGGUUCAUUUAAAUUAAAACGCUGACAUCAACUUCUGUAAAUCCGUCCUCAUUGUUGCCCCUUAGUGAUGAAUCCUUUGAGUCAUCCAACAAGUUCUGAAGUUACUUAUUGGACCAAGCUACUUAUUAAUCCAUUUCAUUUUUUACUUUUGUCAUAAAAUUUGUCUUCGUUGCAGAGCUUUUAUACUUGAAGCAUCGAUUAACCAGUUAUGCAUUUAAGUUUUGAGCUGGAAACAUGUGGUUCCAUGUGAUUGUGAGAAUUUCCUACUGUCUGAUUAUAAUUGUCACAACCUAGAACAGUGAAGGAUUUUUUUUUGGUUGAAGAAAAUUUUGGACUAGAAGGUGGCUUGCUAUUUUUCGACACAGCAACUACUUGGAUAAAUAUUAUCAACAGAUGCAUCUGCGGCCACAUCCCACAUCCUCUGUUUUAUCUUUGCUGUGUACAUAAUUUUUGGCAUGCACGAGGUACUUGACACUUCCUUUUACUCUUUUGCCACAUAAGUACAGUAUCUUGUCAUGGAAUACACUGGGGUUAUGGCACAUGUCAUAUUUCACUAUCAAAUUCUUGUGGGUUGUCCAGUCUAGCUGCCCUCUUGGCAGUCCUGCCUCUUGGUUUGUCAUUGCCUCCUUCGCUAUAUAUUAAUACUAUUGCCUCGUUGCCCGGAGGAACGUAAGCGCUGACGGCAGUUCAUACGUCAGAUACCCCAAAAAUAAUCAGAACUUUAGCUGUUGACAUUUUGCUAUUUGAUGAUUUCUGUCUCAUGGUUGCAUGGCAAAGCCAUAGAUGUCAUUGACCCACCGUCCCAAUGCCCGUUCCAACCUACUCAGCUUUAUUGCAAUCGUGGCUUGUUCGACUUCGAGAUGAAUCUAACUGUAUUCCUUGAAUUCUUCUUGCAGUUUGGAGAUCCGAUGACGAGUCGCUCGUCGGCGGCAACCUCGCGCGUCAUCUGUGACCUUUGCUGCGACAGGGGAAGCUGCGGAGAAGCAACGCCCCCGGCAACCACUUGGGACUGGUCAACUUUAGCUUGGUUUGCUUUUAGGAGUAGGAAAUGGUGGCACUUAUUCUGGUGUAAAUAUGCGUCAGGUCGUUGUCCACGUUCGGUGCGAUUCAGUCAGGUCAUACAGCUUCCUGGCUAGUGCGACAAAUAGCAAUAGGCAGCCCAAUUUGCUAACGCUUCUUUCCUAUGGUGUGGGGUUCUCUGAUUUUGGCUCUACCCCUUUCUCUCCCAUUUCAUUGCAGUGCAGUUUUUCCGGUCGUGGGAAUCAUGUACAUGUAUAGCUGCGAUUACUGGUUAGAUAGGAAAAAUGCAUAGCUACAGAAGUUGCAGGGAACUAACCCCAUAAAAAAGUAUGGGAGUGGUUUUCAGCUGUUAAUACAACUCGUUUGAUCUUGGUUUCUGAAAUAUAUUUUUUUGUGUGUGUGUGGAA